CAGGACCAGACGUGCGCAGCCGCCACGAUCCUGUUUGGCAACGGACGAAAGGCUACUCUCUCGAGAAGCCGGCUCGGCUGCGUGAGCCUCUCUUCAUCGGGAGCGCAUGCACUGCUUCAUCGUCCUUGGGCCGUACACAAAUUUGGACUGCAACACAUAGACAGCGCCGUCGAUGCGAUUGUCCACAGCACGAAACUGUGUCCCGAGAUGUUUAAUAAUCGAGCAACGACCGGCACGAUUGCGUGCUGAGCAAUCUGAAGCUUAUCCCACGGUGUGGUGUGUCCACGGGAUAUUUGGUUUUUUGCGUUCGCUCGAGUCGCAUCCGAAGCGCUGUCGACGGCACGCGAGAGGCAGAAGAACCAAGUGCUUGGAACCGAACGCUCGCUGACCAAGCUCCAAAUAUGCGCAAUUGGUUCCGCCGCACCCGCAGCGCCAAAAUGUUGAGGGCAAAGUUGAAGUUGGGCCAAGUGGUUUCGUCAUCCGGAAGGAUCCGGUUUUGGGCGGCCGACUCAGGUGUUCGCAUCAUAACGACAAAGCACCCGAAGCCCGCCGACGACGAUGACCGACGUUUAUCCACUAGCGGUGCACAAGCCCGAGCGGUACCUGCCCAGCGCACACGACGAGAGUACACCACCGCCCUAUAUGAACGACGAGCCCGAGCCCCAGGACGACGACGAGACCUUUCUUAUGCUGCAAAAGCUCUUUGUGGCUGCGAACCGCCGCGCGGCCAGCACGACGCCGCAGUCGAGCCUCUACUCGCGCGAUGAAAUCCUCGAGCGGCGGCGACGCCAGCGUGAGACGCGCCGCAACUCGCUCUACGAGGGCGGCGUCCACGAAGAAGCGUCCACGUCGAUGGUCGAGCGACGCAUCCGGUCGCGAGUGGUCCACGGCAGCUUUCGCCUCGCCCAAGUCGACCUCAUGUCCCACGAUCGCUGGGCACUCGAGGACCCGAUGGGUCGCCUGCACCCGAUCGUGACGCGGACGAAGAAAGGGCGUCUGCGCUCGACCGUCGACAACCCCAAGAUCGACGUUGUCAUGACCAACGAGCACCGCGCGCUCCAGGACAGCGUGAUGCAAAACCUCCUCGCAACCAACGGGUCAGCCGCCCACGUGCUCCAUGCCCCCAAAGCCACGUGGUACAUUCGUGGCAAAGACAUCUAAUAACUUAUUUCUUCUUUUUUCUACUGCA